CUUAAAUUCUUAAACCCUUAAACCUUCUCAAAUGGUAUCGUAAAGAAGGGGGAAAGGGGCCAGAAGACGCAGCAGAGUUCAAUAGCGACGAUAAAAUUGAGAGUUUUCAAAGAAAAUUUGAUAUCACACAUUACAAGUGAGUAUCAGAUGGAUCACUUUGCAGCAGCUGAGGAGCAAAUUGCUUCACAGAGACUGAGGCAGAAACUCGAUGAAGUGAAUGUAGCUGCUCAAACUAAUCUUGCUCCUGUCCAAGACCAUGUCAAUUUUACUCUCCAGAAAGCCUAUUUUAAAUGUGCAUAUGAGUGCUUUGAUAGAAGCAGAAGGCAGGAAGAGAUAAGCAAUUGCGUUGAAAAUUGCAGUAUUCCUCUUUCUAAUGUGCAACAGACGUUUGAUAAUGAGAUGGCAAAGUUUCAGGAGAAGUUGAAUAGAUCUCUGAUGGUUUGUCAAGAUAAGUAUGAGGCAGCUAAGCUCCAGCAGAAAACUGGGGCUAUGAAUGAUUUGGUUUCUUGUGCUGACCAAUCAAUCCAAGAAAGCAUUAAGAUGCUACCACUUCUUACCAAUAAGUUGAAAGCUUCCUUUGGCAUUAGAGACAACGAUCCCUAGUAGCUUAUUUUGUUCUUCAAAACAUUUAACUUAAGUUGCAAAUGAAAAUUGGUGCAAGACAUUAUUAUUCUGUAACUCAUUAUGGAUUACAAGAGAUAGCAUACUUUAUUCCUGUAGCUAGAAUGCUGGCGCAUCUUGAUUCAUCAAUGACUU